AUGAGAUUUGUCGACUGCAGUGUCCUUGCUUCCCUUGUGCUCGCUCAGAUUAUGGUCGUCCAUGCUGCUCAUUGUGAGGACAACAAGACCUCAGAAACCUGCUCAGCUUCGAUGGGCUGCGUCUGGUUCCUCCAGUACCCUGCAGGCGGUCACUGCGUCACACAUUGA